AUGAAGGACCUCUAUACUUUUGACGUCUCUACGGAUUCGGCGUUGGAGACCUAUCAGAAGGUCCAAUCGGCAUACACUGGCGUUUUCAAAGCAUUGAAGCUGCCGGUGACAGUUGCCAAAGCCAGCUCCGGCGACAUGGGAGGCGAUCUGAGCCAUGAGUAUCACUUACCUACCUCGAUUGGGGAGGACACUCUGGUCACCUGCGACACUUGUAAUUACGCUGCUAACGCCGAGGUCGCCGAGGCAAGGGCAGUCACCGCCGACAGCACACAAUUGUGCGGUUUGACUGAAGCCUCGAGCCCUGCAUCUACUUCAAUACGGGUUUGGCGAGGGAUCAGUAAAGACCGCAAGACCUUGGUGAAUGCCUGGUAUCCAGGCAGAACCCAGGAUGGAUCUGGCCGAGAGAACGAAAUCAGAAUUUCGGCUAUCAAGACGAUUGUCGCUGAUCUGGACGCAAGCACUGAGAAUGCCGUAUCACUGUGGCGGACGGCUAUUACAUCAACGAGCUCCAGCACGAAUACUGCGGCCACCCGGCCCCAGAUCAUCAACAUCAUACACUCCACAUUAACCAGUAACCUUGACAAGGUUCUACAAGAACAAGGCAAAUCAUCGCCUUUGUCGGGCUUGGAUGCUCCCGAGGAUAGAGUAGACUCGACCAUCAUUACCAAAACCCAGGGUGGACAAUCAAUCAACCUGCUCGCCGCUCGCGACGGUGACAGAAGGCGCUAG